AUGAAGGCGAUUGGCCGGACCCUGGCGUGCGUGCUAUUGGCAGUCGCGUUAGUGAAAAAUGUGCUUGCAACGAGUGCCGCGAACAUCGAAUUUUCGAAGGGACGAAGUAAUAAAACCCUACGAUCCAAUAUUACGAGGCUCAACUUGGUCUCGGAGCAACCGCUCCCGAGUCUCGAUAACGAGGAUCUUCGGAGCACUCCGAAGGACAUGUUCGAAGGCGAAGACAAGCCAGUCAUCGACCUAAAGGAGUCUCGCACUUUUGGACAGAAAAGGAUACAGUUCAUGCUGAUGCCGAUGAUGUAUAAAAUGGGCGUAAUGAUGACAAUGUUGAUGGUGUUGACAGCGAUCUCAGUGAAGGGACUCGUCAUCGGUAUCAUACUGCUAGUGCUUAAGCUCAGCACCUUUCUAGGGACAUUGCAUUCUGGCUGGCAUGCACCGCAACCAUGGUCGUCAUCGCAACCAAUUCACGUACACGUUCAUAACAGCUAUCCACACGCUCAGGCGUAUCAUAGUUGGGAAUCGAGUGGACCCGGAUAUGACGAUCAUUACUACUAUAAAGGAUGAAUCUAUAAAGUGGCACUAUAUUCUGACAUAAAAAUUAAAAAGCUAUAAGAGAAUAACAGAAGCCAACAGAUGCUUGAAAUUUAAGAAAACUGUAUUAUUUGCAUAAUUUAUUAGCCAGAACUUGCAUAAUUUAAUAGACAAAAUUGUCAUUUUCAUUCAUCUAUUUGGAUAUUAUUAUUAAUGAUUAUAAUUUCUAAUUAAUCUAUAACAUACAUCUUUCUUUCCAGACCAAAUUAUUUUUUGCAAACAUUUAUUAUUGCCAGAAAUAAGCGUCAAAAUGUUAAUUUUAGAUCAAACUUCUAUACAUGUUUUAUGUAUGUAGGUUGAACAUUGUUUUUACGGGUAUAGCAAAGAAAUUUUAUAACAUAUAAUAAUAAGCAUAAGAUUGCAGUAGGGAAUAAAGAAUCAUGAUUUAUAAAAUUUUUUCUAAAAAACAUAUAAGUUGUCUCUAGACGUGUAAUUAUUUAUUUACGUUUUAUAAUUUAUAUUUUUUAUAUCAUGUUAUAUUAUUUAUAUCUAUAAAUACACACACGCAUAUGAAAUGUGCCACACAAUAAGCCUUCGCAAUACGUAAACAAAUUAGGCAAUGUCCUAUGCACAUUGCAUAUGCAUAUGCGCAUUGCAAAUUAGAAAAUAAUUAUUACUUUUAUUAUCUUCAAACAAACAUAGGAAAAGUGUUAAUUUCGUUAAUAACUGUGACGCAUACUAUAGAACCAAAUUUCUGUACCAAAAAGAUUGAAGAAUGUCUAUAUUUAAGGAUUAACUGGAUACCUCAUAUUAAUAUAAUAUAUCAAU